UUUCUGAAGUUCCAGAACCACCAGCUGAUGACAAGCGUUUCAUGAGCGGACCGGAUCAGAAGUUUAAGAUGAGACUGUGUGAGCUUCAGUGCUGCUUGGUCCUGUUGGGUCUGUCUGUUGUGCUAUGUGGGCGCAGUGCUGAUGCCCAGCUUGGACCAGACCUUGACCUUCGCCGUCACAGACUUCUGCAGAGGGCAAAAGCCAUCGGAGUGGCCACACAGGACUGGACUAGGAAAGAGUUGGAGGAGCUUCUUUCUGCACUGUCUGUGCCUGACAUGGAGGAUCGGGAGAAUGAUGUUUCCCCUGCGGGUGCCAAUGAGAAUCUGCGUAUGGAGCUCGAACGCUCGGUGGAGAACACGAACGCACUCCCUCCUCGAGAACGCAAAUCAGGAUGCAAGAACUUCUACUGGAAGGGAUUCACUUCUUGUUGAAGCUCCAUUUCACCAAUCACAUA